AUGGACAUCAUCUAUCCUUCGGACAUUCUGCAGAACCCGAAACCAAACCUGAAAAAUUUGACCAGCGCUCAACUGUACACGUAUUUCCAGCCUCUCAUCUCCGAGGAAGAGCGCCUCAUUUUGUUUUAUGUUCUCCAAGUCUUUGUGCAGACUUGCCUGAAACAAAGUGUGACUUUUAUGCUUUAUGGGGGGUCUUUGCUUGGAGCCUAUCGUCAUCACGGUAUUGUUCCAUGGGAUGACGAUAUAGAUGUCUGGGUCAACAGUUCACAGAAAGAUCUUCUCUUUGACGCCUUGACCAAGGAGUCAGGCCAGCUGUUUGGUGUGCACGCACCAAGAGAUCUCCAAGUGUGGAAAUUUUACUGGCGAAAGUCAAAUACAUUACCAAACCACCCUUACAAGUGGCCCUAUGUUGACAUUUUCUUUUUCGGGGAAAACAGUACACAUAUUUUUGACAAAGCUUCGAAGUAUGCAAGGGACUUUUGUUUUAGAAAAUCUGAUAUUUUUCCUCUUGAUUUCCGUCCGUUCCACGGUGCCUUGCUACCUGUGCCUUGCAAAACGAAAAAAGUUUUGGAACAAAAUUACUCUCCGACUUUGUGCCAAGCUAAUGACUACCUACAUAAAAAGGAAUCGUUGAUGCCAGAAGCAUUGAGGCGUGUCCUUCUUCCUUGCAGACGUUUGUAUUCCCUGUACCCUUUUGUGCGGCGCCGAUGGAGGUCUGGGGGUGUUGUGUACGAAGAAAAGCUGCAAGAAAGCAAACCUCAGACAACAGUUGCAUUUACUUCUCAGUGUGGAGAUGGGUGA